UGUUGUCGACUCGAGCCGAGUGCAGCUGACGGAGGCUCCGGUGAAGUUAGCUUCCUCCUGCCGCUGUCGUUUGUCAGUCUGUGAUGCAGUAAAUCCCUGGCAGGCUGGAAAAUGGAGCGGUACGGGUCAGACACGGACCGGGACGAGCAGGAAACACCGCUGCUUCACCGAGUUCACGAAGACAAAGUCCAGAAAGCUCCAGCAUGCUGUUCAUCCCGCUACGGGCUAGCACUGCUAUCCUCUUACGGCUUCUUCGUGGUCUACUCCUUGAGGGUGAACCUUAGUGUGGCGAUGGUGGACAUGCUCAACACCACCCACCAAACCACCGUCAACCACAGCAACUCUGUGUGCCCCGCUCACGCCAACCCUGCACGACCCAAACACAACCACACGGCCAGUGUGUACGACUGGGACUCUGAGACACAGGGCUGGAUCCUGGGCUCCUUUUUCUACGGCUACAUCCUGACACAGAUCCCCGGUGGCUACCUGGCAGGACGUUACGGGCCCAAGUGGCUGAUGGGCUUGGGAAUCCUGGGAACUGUAGUAUUUACGCUGCUGACCCCCGUCGCUGCUGAUCUGGGCGCAAGCUACCUCAUCGCUGUCAGAAUUCUGGAGGGGAUUGGAGAGGGAGUAACUUUCCCUGCAAUGUACACCAUGUGGGCAGCGUGGGCCCCGCCGCUGGAGAGGAGCCGACUGCUCACUAUUUCCUACAUCGGAGCUCAGUUGGGGACAGUGGUGUCUCUUCCUCUGUCUGGUGAAAUUUGCUUCUACCUGGACUGGACCUACGUCUUCUAUAUAUUUGGUGCUGUCGGUCUGGUGUGGUUCGUCUUGUGGGCUUGUCUCGUCUUUGACAGCCCGAACACUCAUCCACGGAUAUCGGAGCAGGAGAGACUCUACAUCACCACCUCGCUCAAGAAUGAGCUGUCCACCUCUUCAAGUUACAUCCCCUGGCGAGCCAUAGCGACGUCGAAACCACUCUGGGCCAUCGUCGUGGCUCACUUCUCCUACAACUGGACCUUCUACACCCUCCUCACCCUGCUGCCGACCUACAUGAGCAACAUACUGGGAUUUAGCAUCCAGGCGAACGGCAUGCUGUCAGCUCUGCCUUACUUGGGCUGUGCUGUGUUGGCAGUGGUGAGCGGCCAAGUUGCUGAUCACCUACGAGAAACUUGCCUGUACCCCACCGUCAUUGUCAGGAAGUCCUUCUCCAUCAUCGGUAUGAUUGGACCAGCGGUGUUCCUGGUGGCAGCAGGCUACAUAGGCUGUAACUACACCUUGGCUGUGACAUUCCUCACCAUCUCCUCUGCUCUGGGUGGAGUGUCGGCCUCUGGCUUCAACAUCAACCACCUUGACAUCGCGCCAUCGUAUGCUGGUAUUCUGCUGGGAAUCACAAACACCUUUGCCACCAUUCCUGGAAUGGUGGGACCAGUCAUAGCAAGAGCCCUCACCAAAAAUAACACAAUAGAAGAAUGGCAGGCCGUCUUCUACAUCGCUGCUGCAAUCAACUUGUUUGGAGCGUUAUUCUACACCGUGUUUGGUCGAGGAACGGUGCAACCCUGGGCUGUCCACUCAUUCUACUCUCAUGGAGACUGAGGCAAGACUCGAGCAACAGACUUGUCCAUUUUAUGAUUCAGAUUUGGCAAAUGGACAUGUCUUAAGACCCGCAGACCCACUCAACAGAUAAUUUCACCAAGGUGCGAGUUCCAGCUGUGCACAUUGUUCUCAUGGCACAGCUGGCAAACACUGAGUAAGAGCCACGAUACCUUCAAGGACGUUCUUUACCACGGUUCCUGAGUCCUUUUGACAGAUAAACCUGCAGUCAGAGUGAUGAAAAAGCAGUAGUAAUCAGUAGUUAAUCAAAUACUUUAUUUCUCAGAAGCAAAACAAGUAUAAUUGAGCCGGGCAGUAAAACAGACAGAAUAACUUUUUAGAGGCAUCAGUACGAAACCAACCAAAAUCUGUGAUGUAGCCAGUUACAUUAAAAAAAAACCCUACAGGCUGUCAUGUCUUCUUUCCACUGUAAUGGUCAGAUAGAGUAAGUUAGCUUUGAUGUUUAGUGGUUGUCUAAGAGCUAGCUGACUGUCAGUUAUCACCCAUAUAUCAGAUAUCACAUGGUCAGUAAGUCUAUUCCAGUGUAGAUGCUUUUUGGUGUGCUUCUUGUUAGUCAACCUGCUAGGCAAGGCAUUUCAGCCUCUAGAAUACUUUUUUCUUUUCAUCACGACAUCCUCGAGUUUUAUUACCAGUUCAAGUCCACGCUCUUCAGAAGGACGUCUUCUUGCACUUGUGUAUAAACAGUUUAGGAUGAAGUGAAUUGUGCCACUUUGCAACCCAUAAAUGACCAAAGCCGUUAAGGUUUUCCUCCAGAGUUCCUUUCGGAUAGAAAAUGUUGCCACGUCAUAAUUUUAUGCUAUUACACAUUUGUCUGAGAUCUUUGUCAUGUUAGCUCAUGAAUUCUUGGUUCUGUGAUUUCACAUUGAGCCUCGAGCAAAAUCCAAUUGGUUCAUCCUUGAGCAUUCCCUAGAGUAGGGUAAACAACAACGCACUGAAAUCAUAAGGCACAAUAACAAACAUGUCAUCAAAAACCCAGACGCACACAUUUGACGAUGUCUUUGUUGAGACAACAUUGUGACGACACAGCAAGCUCAACCACUUGUCUGUGACAAAUGCCUUACAGUACAGUGUCCUUAAAUUUAUUUUAAAGCCCUGUGUCUUUUAUAUGAUUACAGUUGACAGGAUUUUAUGUGUACAGGUUCACCAGACACCUCUUAUUUUAGCAGCACUCACCUAGUGCAAACGGGACACACGGGUUCUACUAUUUCAAAUGUGUAACACUAAAAUGCUGAGGUUCUGGAAGCUUACUAAUGAAGGGAAGCAAAACUGAUUAGAAGAGGUGCCUGGUAGACACAGCCUUAUCUAAUUCACAGUAUUUGCACUUUUUGUCAAUUCUCAGGAAUCUUACGUCAUAUAAGGAUUGAAAAGGAUGUUUGUUUACUUCUUAUUGUUGAUUGUAUUAUCUACCACACUGAGGCAUGCGUCCUCAGUGUUUAAGUGUCAACUGAAUUAGAUCAAGUUUUAAAAUGAUUCCAGACAGCAUGGUUAAUAACCUUAUAUGUGUUAAUUCUUAGUCUUAGUUUCUAUCAAUUGCUACAUUUACAUGCACAUUAUUUUCCUCUAAUAACUAAUAACAACAAUAGCUCAAUCACAAUGCAAAUGUGUCAUGUAACCACCGGAAAUAUAGUCCCUAUAAACACAGUAAUCAGAUCACAUGUUUAUUACGUCAUGUAUGUUGAUGUGUAUCAAAACUAAGGUACAACUCUCGGUUGCAAUUUCUGUCAACAAGUCGCACCAUUGUCCCAAUUUAAGAUAUAAAAGACUUGUGCCUUAUUCAUUUAAAGGGAAUUAGAAAAUUCAGCACCAAUUUUUUUUAUAAAGACUUCUUUGUUACUGAUUGUUUUUAUUUCGGUUUUUACUUUAGAGUCAAUAAACUGGAAAUGAAUUGACUUUUGUAUGAUGCACUUAAUUAAGAGAGUAUUCUCUGGAAACAUUCUGUAAAUGAGUCUCAAAUGGAUUGUAAAUACAUGGCUAUGCGCAAAUCUGA